AUGGGUGACGAGGAGCCUCAGGAAGAGGCUGACUCCAGUCUGUCGUGGCAAGACUUACCUGAGUGUGUCAAGAAGGCUCUUGAUCAGGAGUCGCGACAGCCUUCUCCCGAGAUUUUGUCGAAUUUGUUUUCAGAUGAUUCAGACAUCAAAGAUUUUGUGGAAUCACUGGGACUUACAAUGGGCUCAGCUGAAUGGUUCAGUGCAUGCGAGAUUCUUGAAAAGGUUUGCGCUGAUGUAUCACCGGCUGCAGAUCGUGUCGUGAGGACUAGAGCGGUGCAAGGUCAGCUGGCGCAAACGUCCUCAUCGAUUUCAGCUGGGCCUCAGCAGCAGCUUGAAGUGAGCACUGGAUGGCUUCAGACAAGGGCCGGUGCAAAGCGGUCUCUUACAGCGUGGCCGUGUCGGUUGGCCAAGAAACUUGCCUUGGCCAAGCACGAUCGUGCGAGGGCCGAUGCUGAGGCUGCAGAGCUCCGACGCUGGAGGCAGGCUUUAGCGAAGGAGCUGAAAAGGGCUGGUAUGCCGGUGUGCUCAAUGGCAAGUUACGCCCUUGAUAGCCAAGCUGUACUGGAGGCGUCAGCAGGAACGCUUAGAGCGUCCACUCUAAGGCGGCACGUGAGGGAAUGGUCCAAGUUUUCGGCAUGGUUUUUCGCUGUUGAGGGGACAGUGUUCCCCACGCAUCUGGGCAUCUUGAUGAAUUAUGUGGAAGAGCUGGCGCAGGAACCUUGUGCCAGGACCAGGCUACAGUCUGUGCUCUCUGCAGUGAUUUUCUUCGAGAGGGUCGGAGGAGUCAAGGUCGAGGCCUCCAUCUCUUCUCACGUCCUGGUGCGGAACUUGGUUCGGGUUCGCACUGCUGAGCUUGAAGCAGGGGCGCCGCCGACAAAACAAGCUCCGGCAUUGGCCCUCAUCAUGGUCAUGUCUUUAGAGGCUGUGGUUGUGAAUUCUGCGCAUAAGAAGUUCGUCAGAGCGUAUGCGUGGGCACGGCUAUUGAAACUAUGGACAUCUAGCAGGGCCAAUGACCUUCAGGGCAUUCUACCGGAGCAGAUGACGAUGUCUUCACAAGGACUACGAGGAGUUUUCGAUAGAACGAAAACCUCGGGAGCUGACAAACGCAUCAGAUGGCUGCCGUUCUUUGUUUGCAAGGAUGCUUGGCUUUUGCGUAGCGAUUGGCUGGCUGCCGGAUAUGAGAUCUGGGCUUCUGAUGGUUUUGCCUUCUCCAGGGAUUAUCUGGUGCCUCGGCCUACAAAGGGACUGACCUCCUGCCUGCCAGUUAUGGCGAGCUAUGUGGAUAUGUCAACGAUGUCCAAGCAGCUCCUGUGGGAGCUAAAGCGGCCCGAGUUGACCGAGGCUGGGAGUGUGCGUCUUACUGAUGUUGCGCUCUUCGAGGAUCCGAGUGUUGUAGGUCUUGAUGAUUUGUUUCAGGCGCUACAGAGGGCCGGUGUCGAGAGCUCGGUGCGUGACAGGGCUCUUGACCUCUUGCGGCCGUUGGAGGGACUCCUGAGGUCAAGGAUACAUGCAAGUUCUUUGGAGAAGCUGCGGCGGCUUCAUCGUGUAGGUGGAUGCGGCAGCACGCCUGAGUCUGUGGCAAACUGUGAGUUGUUUGAGUCGCUGGAGGGCGUUUCUUACGACUGGCAAUGCAAGCACUGCUUCAAACCUGAGCAGGGGCAGCAGGCAGCACAGGCGAAUGCUUCGGGAUCGGAGGACUUUUCCUCCAGCACCGCCGAUGAGGCACAGACCUCAGGAACGAUCAGUUUCUUCAUCACGCGUCUUGAGGGCCUCAUGGAGCCGGAGCCCGCUUCAGAGCCGUCUGCUGAGCUUCACGAGAGGGAAAGCACGGAUGAUACUUUCUUGCUGCUUUCUGACCAUGUGUGGGAGCUAGAGCAGCGGGUGGCAGUUCUGGAGCGGCGACUGAUUGCGGUCGACCCGGGAAAGGGCAAAGGCAAAGCCCUGAAACGUGCAUUGGCUGCUGCAGCAGCCGAGGAGGCCCCUGGCAAGAAGGAGAACGUCUCUCAAGGACUCGAUUCUCCUCCACAAUCCGACAUUUCUUUCCUCUAUCUCUUCGCGGGAGAGUCUCGCCGGGCUGACUUGAAAUCAUUCCUGGCGGCUGCCUGCGAGAAAGCCGGGCUGUCAUUCCGCUAUCAAGAAGUUGAUAUCGGGGAAUCGGCUCCGGAUGUUCUUUCAGAUUCUUUUUGGUUGAGAUUGCUCAAUCAAGUUCGACGACAUGAAUUCAAUCUUCUUUUCAUGAGCCCGCCAUAUUCUACAUUCAACCGGGCCACGUUCGUCAAUCGCACAGGACCGCCGCCUCUGCGGAACUCGGACUGGCCGGAAGGUUUUCCCUGGCUAUCCGGUGUAUGGAAAUCCAAGGCAGAAGCUGGAACGAGUUUGGUGCGCCGGGUAUUGUCCUUAGCCACCCUGGCCACCAAGGAGCAUGUACCCUGGUUGAUCGAGCAUCCGGAAUUUUUGGGUGCUACAGCGGCUGGUACCCCGGCUUCGAUCUGGACUUGGGAAGAAGCUGUUCGUGUUUUCCAGGAGACUCGCGCCACUUCGGUGGCCCUUCAUCUUUGUGCCUUCGGCGCCGCUCAGAGGCGGCCGACACGAUUAGCUGGAACCUGGCACGGUCUACGAUCGGUUGGUGUAUCCGGUUGGCCGCGACUCGACCCUCAGCAGCACUAUCGAGGGCCGUUGUCUCGCAAAUGCGGUCAUGCACACGCCCCUCUCAUCGGCACCGACGAAAAUGGUCAUUUUCUCGCCGGGCCGGCUGCUUACCCUUCGGGCUUCUGUGAGGCGCUGGCCAGUAUUGCGGUUCUCACCUUCAGGCAAAGAGUGUCCUCCGAAUCGGUGUUGGGGGAGGAGCAAGCUCGUUCUUCAGACACUCUUGAGAAUGCGACUUCGACAGCGGUGGUCCAUCAGGCUGAGGCUCUGGCAGGGCGCUUGCAACACUCGGCGGUCUCGAAGGAGUCUUUGCUUCAGAUCUUCGACUUGCUUCCCGGCGAAGAAUUGGCCCGAGAUGGUGUCACUUGGAAGGAUUCGAAAUCUUUUGCUGUCGGGGCUUAUGCCGUGGGCGGUAGCCUGGCCGGCCUUCGUAGGAACUCCAGGUUGUUUCCCGGGGUGGUUAGGGUUUUGUGUAGGUUCGUUCGGGGAUUGGACGCGAGCAUUACAUUCUCUGCCAUUGCGAUUUUUCGCAACCUUCAGACGGCCCCGCAUCGAGAUACAGGCAAUGAGCGAGGAUCGAGAAAUCUCGUGGCAGGGCUCACGUCCUUUCGGGGCGGGGGCAUCUGGACUCAGGAUGGCGGAGGUCAAGAACCGUGCCCUUCGAAUCCCUCAUUAGGCUUGGGACAUACUCUCGAGUUAGAUGAUGGCUGUCACGCUUGCUUCGAUCCCACCGCUUGGCACUGCACGCAGGCUUGGGAAGGAACUAGAACCGUACUCGUGGCAUACACUCCUCGGGUGAAUCCCUCCUUUCCUUCGGCCGACUGGAGGUUUCUGGAGGAGCUGGGGUUCAAUUUGCCACCCCAGCCGGGGGUUGCAUCCUUGCCACGCGCGGUGAAGCGCAUCCUGGAGGACAACAACGAUGAUGCCGUGCCGAAGGACGAUGAGUGGUGGAGGCCUAAACCCGACAACCAGGACGACGAGGAGGAGGGUGGCUCAACUUCUGAAGAGGAUGUCGAUGGCGUUCCCAAGGCAAAGCUAGGUGAAGGCUUACUCGGCUUUGGACCUCCUGGCCAACGAAUUGCUGAGUGGAAAGAGAAGCGGGUAUCCAAAGCCGCUGCCAAGCUUAAGAAGGCUGAACGGUUGCGCGAGAAGGAUCCCUGGAAGUGA